CGCCUCGCCAUGAAGUGCGGCCUCGGGGCUGCGGGUGUUCGAGGUAGCGCCGCCCCGGAUGUAUUUGGAAGGGCCAUACAUGCCAUAGCACGUAUCAGUGAUGAAUUUUGGUUUGAUCCUACUGAAAAAGGACUUUCCCUCAGGUCAGUGAAUUCUUCUCAGUCAGCCUAUGCCUGUAUCUUUUUUUCAUCCAUGUUCUUUCAGCACUAUUCCUGUAGAAAUAUGCCUGAAUUGGGUUUGAAUAAAAAUCAGACACACCUUGCAUACAAAUUAGUAAUAAAGGCUGUCCUGCCUAUAUUUCGGUGCUUAAACACAGUGGAAAGGAACAUAGAGAAAUGCAACAUCUAUGCAAACUUUAAUGACUGCCAUGUUGUUUUUCAGCUUUUCUGCAAACAUGGUGUUGUGAAAACUCAUAACUUAGCAUUUCAAGAAUGUGAACCUUUGCAAGCUGUGUUUGCAAAGCAUUUGUGCCCCAAUGCAAUGAAGAUUCAAUCAAGGCAGCUGUCUGAUAUACUGAUUCAUUUUCCAACCUGUCAAUAUGAAGUAACUGUAGCUGUAACUCCAGUAAAAGUUUGUUUCAAGACUUACACUGACGAGGAAAUGGAUUUUGCAAAGGCAAUGCACACUGAGAUACAUAUCAAUCCAGAAGAAUUUGAAUACUUUCAGGUUGGAGUAGACACUGAAGUCACAUUUUGCCUUAAAGAGCUAAGGGGACUUCUGACAUUUGCAGAAGCCAUCACUGCUCCAGUCUCUAUUCAUCUUGAUGUUUCUGGAAAGCCAGUUGUUUUCAGCAUUGAGGAUAUGCUCAUAGAAGCCAGUUUCGUUUUGGCUACCUUGGCAGAUACUGAAGGCAGGACACAGUCUCAUGAAUCACCUUUGCUUUCGCAAUGCCAGAAAAGGAACCCUGCACUAAAGAGAAGCAAUAAAGACCCCAUAAUCUCCAGCAGAAAUACUAGCAAGACAGAAACAGCCACAGCUACAGCAAAUGGCUUCACCAUUACGGAGGAAGAAGCAGUGUCACUUGAUCCGGAUUAUAAGUUCCAUUCCCUAUUCUUUGGGGCAGUUUCAUCCAAGGAACAAGAUAUAACUCAUGUAUUCCACAGUUUGGCAACAGCAAGUGACACAGAAGAUUUUGGCAAUGAACAACUCUCCCCAACUUUUUAGUAGUGACAAAGUGUCAAUCUGCCAACUCCAAUGGUCGCCAAGGAAUGUGUGUAUGUUCAGCGUUCAGGCAAGCUGAGCUUCUGCUCAUUUCAGGUGUUUUUGUAUACUCUGUAGUCCACU